AUGAGGGGUUGGGUCUGUAAUAAGCUUGCCGGAUGUUGUGGAGAUUGGAAAUGCGGUGACGGUCGGAUUGUUGGAAAGGCUAUUGUGUUGGUAGAAUCAACUUUUGGGCAAGUGCCUUCUGAUGAACUCACCAAGGAGGCAGUAGCUGGAGUGUUGUGA